ACAAUUUACUUCUAUUGUUAAGAUAAUUUCAAGUCCGUGGAAUACAAGAACGCUGUUUAACUUUUAACCACAUCAAAACCGGACCAAAUUAACGUCACAAAAAUAUCACCUGGGACAAUCCGACCUAUCUCUUGCUUGUAUGCAUUUAAAAAAAAAAGUUAAAAACUUGAAUGAAUCGGCUGUUGACCUUUCCACUGUCAAAUGCGGAAAUUGGUUAAAUAGGUACUACAAUAGUUUUUUACUAAAUAUUGUUAUUUAUAACAUCCCACCAAACCGAGCUGUGAAUAAUUGUGAUAAACAACCAAAAACAAAAGUGCCGUGACUCCGACAUUAGUGAUAAUAAGUGUAAUUUUAAGACGACGCUUGGGCGUUACUCAUAUUUAACUGUAAAAAUAGCUGGAAAUGGAUCUAAAAGAAGAAUAUCAUGAUCCUGAUUACCCGGAGGCUCCUGUGUGCGUCAAGGAGGAGCCCCAGGCCGUCUCAGACGAGGAGAAAGUCGAGAAAAUCAAAGAUAUUAUCAGGCGGGAAUUUUUGAAUGAACUUGAAAUUAGAGAAAAUGAAGUAAUGCUAAUAGAUCAAAGGAUGACAACAUCCCGCCGUCUUCUACACCGUCUCCGGUAUGCGUUAGUGAACAGCUACUACAAGGAUCAGAAGCUGUUACUCACCAAUGGACAGAUACAGGACGAGAUCGCUGCACAGCCUGAACCUAGGGCUAGGAAUGAGGUAUCCACAAUCCUCCGCGAAGGACAACGGCGCCUACACCCUUCAGUUCGCAAACUCCUCGGCAAGCAGACAGUAGACCUGGACGAGAUCUUCCGGACCAGAGGACCCAGGAAUAAGACCAGGAAGGAUUACUCUGCCAUGCUCCAAAAACGCAACUACACCAUCUCAGCAGACACUACAAAGACCCUCAGACCAGACCGGAAGCCGGAUGAGAUGGAACUUGAAGAAGCUUGCAGCAGCCGUCCCAAGAAGGUUCCUCGUCAUCUUGAGCCGAGGGUCCAGAAUGUGGUGACGUUAGACGAGGUCACUAGGAAUAAGAUGAAGUAUCGAUAUAGGAUUGUUAUUGGUAACACAUCAAAAUACGCCCCCGCGGCAUCCCGAGCGGACCGGUCUACCCACAAGUGGCUGCUAUACAUCCGCGGCCCCCCGGCGGCGCCCGACCUGUCCGCCAUCGUCACCGCCGUGCGCGUCCGGCUGCACCACUCGUAUGCACCGCAUCACACUGUGCAUAUACACAAACCCCCCUACCACGUGUCCCGCCGCGGCUGGGGCGAGUUCCCCGCGAAGGUGGAACUACACUUCGCGUUACCCGAGCGCAACAGGCCGGCCGCUGUCGAGCAUACCAUCAAGUUGGAUAGAAACUAUACCGGCUUGCAGACCUUAGGUGCCGAAACAAUAAUAGACGUCUGGCUCUACAGUACACAAGAAAUGUUACAAUACGAGUUCAAAGAAACCGCUCAACCAGAAAUCACAACCUUACAAACGAACCCACAAACAGUCGAAGAACAGAAGGAAACGGAAACAGUACCAGAGACAAUAGAAAAUAAUGACACACAUACAGAUAACUGGAUGGAAUUCUUCUCUAAGGGUCCCACUGAAGUAGAUGUCGAUGAAAUGAUCAUAAAACCUAUUAAGAAAGAACCAGAAGAACAGAAAUCUGAAAUUAUUAAUAAUGUUGAUAAUAUCGCAGAAAAUGUACAAGAAUGUACACAAGAAGUUAGCAUUAAAACUGAAAAAGAUUGGGACAAAGUGGACACGGAUUUACCGAAUGAAAUUUUGAACCAACCGGCUUCACCUAAGAAAAGGAUUAUGAAGUAUAUUGAUCCGACCACAGGCAAAAUUUAUUACCUAGAAAUGGAUAGAGCUUUAGAUCUUAGUAAAGUUCAAGAAAUUGUCAUAAACAAUACAAAAACGGCUAAAAUAAGUCCUGUUAAGUCAAAUGGUUUAAAAACGGUGAAGAAAAAAAAAGGUGUGUCCUUACUGAAACCAGAAGUUAAGAAUAUGUUAAAAAAUGAAAGUGUGAAGACUCAUAAUUUUGCCCAUAUUGAAAAUGAUCAUUGUUAUCUGGCAACACCGAGGAAAUAUGACAGUGUUGCCAACGUGGAGGUGAAAAAAGAAAAGAGUUUGUUUAGUAUGUUGUGUGACAAUGUUGCCAGGUUAAAUACUGUGAGGUGUGGUGUAAAUUAUUUAAUUAAGAAGAUACCGUUGAUUACUGAUCAGGCGAGGGAUCCGGAUUUUGUCAAACAUUUUCCUUUUGUUGUGGAAACGGAAGAAAAGUACUGGAAAUUGGAUUUUGCUAAGAGAAGAAAUAUCGAAUGGUCCCGAGCAAAACUAAUAAACCGGAUACUAACAGAACACCUACCAACAUCAGAACCAAUAUGGCGGACAAAACAGAUUCUAACAUACUGCCGACUCCAUGGCUACUUCCCAAUCAGAACAGACACCAUGAACAUAAAGUCAGAACCCGAAGAAUGGUCUUCAUACACCGACUUGGAUGCCAUUAGAAAUAUGGAAACGAGUAUCAAAGAGUCUUACUCAAACCCGUCUGACAUCAAUACUUUGUCUGUCUUCGACAGUUCUGAGUAUUCUGAACACAAUGACAGUGUGUCAGACCAGGUUUCUGACGAUGAGGAAGUGGAUGUGGUGUCUACGGGGGUCAGGAAGAGGAUGCAGACGGAUGAUGGGGUGGAUGUUGGGGUUCUGACUCCUCUGCCGGUGGAAAAUGAGGAUGAUAGGAUGCGGUUUCUGUAUGUUGAGAGGAAAUGUGCUGAUAUUGGCAUUGAGUUGAGAAAUGAGGAUGUCGGUAAUGGAUAUUCUUAUAGUGCUGCACACGCAGUGAUGGUAUCAGCGCUGCGUAGCUUCGCGGAGGAGCUGGUUCGCGGCGCGUUAGCUGAGCGGCUGCGGGAAGGUGGACACCUCUCUGUGUGGGCUGGUUCAUCAGUGUCCCCAGUGGCGGUAUCCGCCUUGCACGUGCAUCGCGCGUGCUGUGCCCGUGCCCGCGUGCUCAGUGCCGCCGGCUGCGGCGCCGCACCCUCGCACAUACACAAUAUAUAACUGACGCAUUA